AGAAUGUCCGGACGUGGUAAGGGGGGCAAAGGUUUGGGGAAAGGGGGCGCCAAGCGCCACCGCAAAGUUCUGCGCGAUAAUAUCCAGGGCAUCACCAAGCCCGCCAUCCGCCGCCUGGCCCGGCGUGGAGGUGUCAAGCGCAUCUCUGGUCUCAUCUACGAGGAGACCCGUGGGGUGCUGAAGGUGUUCUUGGAGAACGUGAUCCGGGACGCCGUCACCUACACCGAGCACGCCAAGCGCAAGACGGUCACGGCCAUGGACGUAGUGUACGCGCUCAAGCGCCAAGGACGCACCCUCUACGGCUUCGGCGGCUAA